CUCCAUUCCAUCAUGAAGUGUGAAAUUAUUCUUCUGUUUGCAUGUGCAUCUGUCGCCCUAGCCGCACCACAAAAGUCAGACGCUGAGGCAGAAAUUCUCCAGCAAGAAAACAACAUCGAACCGGACGGGGAGUAUCAGUACAGUUACGAAACGGCCAACGGUAUCCGAGGUCAGGAAACGGGAACGCUCAAGCGUGCCAGCAGUCCCGACACGAGUGAUGUAAUUGUGUCGGCUGGUUCUGUAAGCUACACCGCACCCGAUGGAACCGUGGUCGAGCUGAGCUACACCGCCGACGACGAGAAUGGAUUCCAACCGUCCGGUGCUCACCUGCCCACCCCACCACCCAUUCCGCCCCAGAUCCAGAAGGCGCUAGACUAUUUGGCCAGUCUGCCACCGUCCAACCGGCGGCGCUAA